CGCAACAACCCCAAACCCAACCACACUGCAUCAAAGAAGAAAAGAAAGAAAGAAGCAAACAGACGAAUACUGCUGCUGCUGCAAAAUGAAGCUCGAAGUGGGAGGACUCCCCUCCAAUCGGUUGGCCUACACCAACCGCAUCUACAUCUCCCCCGACAAUGCCGCCGGCAUCGGAGGGUACUACGAAAAGAACAACAUUCCCGUGGGCAAAUCGAUGCUGGUGGAACUGAACGGACAUCCGUACCAGGUGGAGCCCCACCCCCAGGUCCCCAACAACGAGGUGGCCCUCAACGGCCUGCAGCGCCGCUUUCUGAACCUGAGUCUGAGCACCACCGUCAAGCUGAAUCCCUUCGUGCCCAGCUCCAACCUGGCCCUUGCCACGCUGGAGCUCGCGGUCGAUCUUCUGGCCAAGAAAAAGGCGACAGAUCCCAAGGCCAAGCCCAAGGAGAUCGACACGAACCGGCUGGCGACGACGGUGCUGACGGCGCUUGAGGAGCAGAUCAUGGAGCCCAAGCGGACCAUGGCCCUGGAUUUCGAGGGGACCAAGCUCGAGCUCACCGUCAAGCACCUGACGACGAUCAGUGUCGGAAAGAAAUCGAAACGGAGAGAGAAAGAGGGCGCCGGCGAGGAAGGGGAGGGAAAAUCAAAGGCGGCCUCCUGCAAGGUCGGCCAGCUUCUGGCCCCCACGUCGAUCGUCUUUUCCCGCAAGGAGGGAGGGGCCCCCCUGGCCUUUACGGGCGAACAGAUCGCCGAGGGCGAGGGUGGCGGGGGUGCGACCAACCUCUUUACGGGCGACUUUGACUUUGAGAAACUCGGAAUCGGUGGGCUGGACGCGGAAUUCAACCAGAUCUUUCGGCGGGCCUUUGCCUCCCGCAUCUGGCCGGCCCACAUCAUCCAGCAGAUGGGCAUCCACCACGUCAGGGGCAUGCUGCUCUACGGGCCUCCCGGGUGCGGAAAGACCCUGAUUGCCCGGCAGAUCGGAAAGGCCCUCAACGCGAGGGAGCCAAAGAUCGUCAACGGGCCGGAGAUCCUCAACAAGUUCGUCGGUGGAUCGGAAGAAAAAAUCCGAGAGCUCUUUGCCGACGCCGAAAAGGAACAGCUGGAGAUGGGGGACAACUCCAUGCUGCACAUCGUCAUCAUGGACGAGAUGGACGCCAUCUGCAAGCAGCGUGGGACCGUCAAGGACGGGACGGGGGUCUCCGACUCGGUCGUCAACCAGCUCCUCAGUAAGAUCGACGGUGUCGACUCCCUCAACAACAUUUUGCUCAUCGGAAUGACGAACCGAAAGGACAUGAUCGACGACGCCCUCCUGCGUCCGGGCCGUCUCGAGGUCCACGUCGAGAUCGGCCUGCCGGACACCAAGGGCCGCCUCCAGAUCCUGCAGAUCCACACCAAAAACAUGAAGGCCGCGAGGCGCAUCACCCCCGAGGCCGUCAAGCGGCUGCCCGAGCUGGCGGAAAAGGCCAAGAACUUCUCCGGUGCCGAGCUGGAGGGACUCGUCAAGGCGGCCAGUUCCUUCGCCCUGGCCCGCUGCCUGGACGUCAAGGACCUCGGAAAGGCCCCCGACACGAAGAAUCUGGUCCUGCAGUUCCAGGAUUUCCAGCAGGCCCUCAACGACGUGGAACCAAAGUUCGGUGCCAAGUCGCAGGAGCUCAAGGCCCACUACCGCAACGGUUUCGUCCCGUACGGGGCCUCCUUCGACCAGAUGAUGUCCACCCUCGGCCGGCUGGUCGAGCAGGUCCGGACGUCCGAUCGCACGCCGCUUAUGAGCGUCCUGCUGCAGGGACCGGCCGCCUCGGGAAAGACGGCGAUCGCCGCCAAGCUGGCGGUGGAUUCCGGCUUUCCCUUUGUGCGGAUGGUCUCCGCCGACGAAAUGAUCGGCUACUCGGACGUGAGCAAGUGCCAGAUGAUCCACAAGGCCUUUAUGGAUUCCUACAAGAGUCCGCUGUCGAUCAUCUUCCUGGACGACAUCGAGCGGCUCAUCGAUUACGUUCCCAUCGGGCCGCGCUUUUCCAACGCCGUCCUGCAGGCCCUGCUGGUCCUCCUCAAGAAGAUCCCCCCCGACGAGGGCCGCCGGCUCAUGGUGGUGGGGACCACCUCGAGCCCCCACCUCCUCAAGGACCUGGGGCUGGUCCAGGCCUUUGGGAUCACCCAGAGCGUCCCGCUCCUGGAGGAACCCAAGGACGUCUGCGAGGUUCUGAGGGUGGCGGCCAAGAUGGGCAAGGAGGACGCCCGGAGCAUCGCCAAGGCCAUCCACCACAAGCCGAUCGGGAUCAAGCAGCUCCUCAUGGUCGCCGAGAUGGCCAAGCAGGGCAGCGACAAGGGCUCGGUCGACGUGAACAUCUUCAUGGAGUGCCUGCACACGGUGGGAUACUAGCGGCAAGAGUUCGGUGGCGGAGUGCGAUAGCAUGGUCUAUAGUUGUAUCCCAUUACAUUACGAUAGAUAAUAUUCUAAAAUUCGGAUAGUACUUACAGAAUAGUUUGAAAGGGCACCUCGUUCCAUUUCUGUUCGUUUUCUCUUGGGAACUACUCGUACCACUACUAUUAAGGAGGACUACGUGGGAUCUUGGCAGCCAGCGGGAGCCCAAGAAAUUCCCAUGCAACGUCCGGAUCGAAAGCGCCAUCCUCUAUAUUGUUUUGGACAACUACCACCCGAGUAAGUUUGGGACAGCCAGAGAAGGCACUUACUCUGAUUGGCUUCACCGAAGACGGUAUCCUGAUUGUAGAAAUCAUUGUUCCAGAGAAUGCUUCCUGACAAAUUUCCUGAAGCUCGCAAUUCUCUUCAGCAAAAUUGACAUUUUUCAGCUUCUUACACUUAUAAAAUGCUCUUUAUCCAAUGAUUUUCACAGAAGAAGGAAUCGUCAUGGUAGAAAUAGAUGUUGCAGCAAAUGCUCCCUUGCAAAUUUCCUCAAGCCGGCACCACUUCCCUUCAGCAAAAUAGACAUUUGUCAGCUCCCGAUAGUGAUAAAAUGCUUUUUAGUCA